ACUGCGGACCAACGAUACGCACACGCCAACAAUUACAUCCGAUAGAAACCUGGCCGCAACGCCAGCCGCGGCUCACGCCUACGUUAGCAGCGAUAGAUCUUCUUCGCAUGGCAUCGACGGUUUCAUUUCAAGGGAAAGCUAGCUAGCGACGCCCAACAUGCUCCGCAGAGGCAAGGAGAAGCGCUCUGACAACUUCAACUCCAGCGCAGGCAGCAGCAACAGCAUCAAUGCUGCAAGCCAAGGUCAAGGGCCGAGUGAGGGGCAGGGCGGGCUGAGCGCGUCAUUAUCAAGCUCUACUGGGCUUGGAAGCAAUAAGUCGCUGCCUGUUCCACCCCUGCCUUCGCCCGGGCUAGGCGGCGGUAGUAGCAAUAGCUUGGGGCCCUCAGGAGCAACCAGCGUCGGCACACCUGUGAACGGGUCAGCUGCCUUGGGAGAGGGGGAUCGCAACGGCUCUUCGAAGGGCACAUCCGCUGCUGCUGUGGCUGCGGCCGCCGCAAACAACCCUAAGCUGCGUCCUGAGCAGCAAGGGCAACAUAGCGCAGGCGUGGCUCUUCCGCUGCCGCCCUGGCAUGAAGCGGGCCCAGGUGCGAGGGAAGCCGCAUACAGUCAACCUGGACCCGGGAGAAGUACCGGUUUGCCGCAAAGCAUAUCCAUAGACAUCCACCCUUUGCAGCAACAGCAACAGGCGACCGCCGCGACGCACGGAUUCCAGCAAUUGCAGCAGCAGGCCUCGAGUCUGGGUCGCAGCCAAUCGGCUUUCAACUUUCUCCUCUCGAAAGCGAAGGCAUCCUUUGGUAGCAACCAGCAGAACCAAGGGCAAAUGCAGGUACAGUCCGCUGCCAUCGCGCAGCAGCAGCAGCUGAUGCAACAAGGAGGACCAGGAGUGAUCCACUCUUCGAGUUCCAUGCCGGCCGUACAGGAAGGGUGGGGCAUGGAUGCAGGAAUGGGCAUGGCUUUCGGAGGCAACGGAGCAGGCGCUCCGUACAUUCCUAUGCGACGAGGGAGCUCGGGGCCAGGGCUUGCGAACGGAGGCAGCACCAUCCAUGGCCAGCGGGAGCAAGGCGUCGAGGAUCCGUAUGGACUCCCGCCGCGGCCUAGCUUUGCGACAGACGAGAUUAGUUCCCCCCUCGCAGCAGCGUCGAGCCCGACGAAGCGCAGCUUCUUUAGCAUGGGCCGCGAGCGCAAGCCUUCGCAGACAUCUGUCUCUGCUCCGCGGCAGUCCUUUGCGGUUGCACAGAGCCCGCUGGGCAGGUCCAGCAUGGCUUUGGACCGCGAGGGAGAGCGCAUGAUGGGGCUUGGCAUGGGCAUGGCAGGCUAUGGCUAUUCCAGCAGGAGUCAGUCUGACCUGCAUGCACGAUCGGAUGUCCCGCCGCUCCCUCCAGACGCAGCUGCGGCCGCCUCGCGUGCAGCAUUCACCAGUGCAAAUACCCACGCUAACCCGAAUGCUGACCUUGGCACCGGUGGCUUCCCCGCGCAGCGGAGCCCGUACCUGCGGUCUCCGUCACCAAACUUUGUCAGCGGCAACAGCAUGGCGUUCUCGCGCAGUGUCGACGACCUGAGUCAGUUUUCAAGUCCCGCGCUCAUGCCUACAUCGCCUGGGGCCGCUUCUAUCACCAGUAGCGGAAGCAUGGCGCCUCCGCACAAGCUCCGCGUACUUGGACUUGACCAACAGCAGCCACCGCCGCAACAGCCACAUCAGUCGCAAUCAUACCAACAUGGACGUGCUGCGUCGAUCAUCGUAAGCAGCGGCAAUCACCAGGCAAUGGGUGCUGCCAAUGGCCAACGACCGCCCGCAAUGCCGCCGCUGCCGCCGCAGCACCAACAACAAAACCGGCUGCGAGAAGCGCAGCAGCAGCACGCGCGCAAGGCCUCGCGUCUUCCGUUUAGCUCUAAGGAAGCGCAAAAGGGAACUAUAGGGACCCUUGAUGCCAGCAAUACCGGCUCUGCGGGGCGGAGCCAGAGCUUGGCGAAUUCGCUAGGCGUCGCGACCGCUUCAGGCAGCGCCAGUAGCGCCAUGCGCCAGGUGUCGUCAUCAUCUACUGGAGCAACGUCCAUGCUCUCUUCCACCGAUAGCGCUUGCACAGGUGCAGGGGCAGGGGUAGGCCGCGGCGUGUCUGCCUCUCCGCAGUCCAUGAAUAUUCCCCUGCCGCCCGGCGCAUCUUUCCAGGGCUUGCUCAAUCGCAAUAUCAACAUUUCCCUCUCGUAUGCACAGCUCAACGAGGGAAAGGAGAAGGACAUCACCAAGGGCUGGAAGCCGUACAAAGUAGUCAUGCAGAAUGGCAACCUGCAAUUUUACAAGCCACCCAGCGGACUUGUCGAGGAAGUUCGUGCCGUCUUCCCUGCCGGUAUCGUCCGGCCCACGCCCAAAGCGGCCACAGGUGGUCUGAGCGAUCAGUACAAUGGCAUAGCACCGUUGGACGCCGAGGCGCUCAAGCGUAGCGGCUUGAACACCCGCGAUCUAUUGAGCGCCACAGCCUCGUCCGGCUCGAUCGCCGCCUCAUCACCUUCAUCGCAGCGAGCUACCAGCCCAACUAAUGGUAAUCUCGCCGAGUCGCCGAGCUUCAAGCAGCUGUCUCUUCCAUCUCCCUCUCCGUCGGUGCCUCGGCUUGGCACCGUCGAGCAGAACCCUGGGAAGCCAGAUGUUCCUCGAUUCGCAGCGCCUUGGGUGCGCCCCGACCACCAUCCAGAGCUCAAACUUGUUGUCGCCCAAGAAGACCCUGGCUCGUGGGAGCGCCGAGUGGACUCUGGCUCGCUGCCAGCUCUAGCGCACGAGUUGGUGCAUGCCACACAAGCAACGGAGAAACGGUCACCAUCAGUUGCGAACCGUGAUACCACCAUCACUAUGGACGGGGUCACCGAGGAGGCGGGUGAAGAGUGUCGGACGUUCGUGCGUUCGCUUGUCGUCGCUGCCAUCCUCCAUCACGACGCUCUCGCCUCGCUGUUGGACGAGGUGGCGAAAGCAUGCAAGACCAGUCAAUCAAAAAGUGCACCGGUGCGCAUGCUGAUUGCGGCGCUCGAGCCUGAGUUGAUUUCACGCAAAGCGAAGGAACAGGCCAUCGCAGCGCUACGUACCAUCUGCGAGGCGGUGCAAGCACCGCUGCCAGCCUGGGUGGCCACUUUUGAGGCUGCCAAGUUUUCAGACGAUAUACCCUGUGCAGCCAUCGAAGCGUCCAAGCGAACCAACCUUCGACCGCUUCUGAACGGAGCCUUUCCAGAUGGGCUCCUCGUUACGCUCCCACCACAGGAAAUUGCGCAGCAGAUUCAAGCGUGGCAUGUCCGAGAAACAUCGCAAGUUCUGCGCCCUUACUUGGAUCUUUCGAGCAUCCUCAACGCAAGGGAGCAGAAAAAUUCGCUUCUUUCGUUUGACACGAAGUCCUUGCACCCUGUGACCGAGCUGGUCUUGGAACAGGUUUUCUCCGUGCAAUCACAGGCUUCAGACAACGGGCCCACAGCCGCUGCAGGGCAGGCACAGGCCGUCGCGCGCCAUCGGGCCGCCAUUCUGCGCCACUGGAUCGCAGUCACAUCGUAUCUGCAAGCAUACGGAGACAUCGCGGGCUGGACCGCGGUAGUCGCCGCGCUCUGCUCUCGUGCUGUCGCUCGCCUCGAGACUACUUGGCGCUUUGUGGCACCUGGCGACAAGGAUCUCAUGGCCAAAUUCUGGUGUCCCUCCCUCGCAAAGGUUGGCUGGACUGAGUCGAUGCUAUCAACUCAAGUCAACCCUCUUCUGAGCUCGCCGGAUAUCCCAAAUCCGAAAGGUCUGCAUGGCGAGUCGCUUGGUUCCAUCCCUUUCUUGGGAAGCCUCGACCUUCCUGGAGAACUACAGAUGGGGACGGAUGGCGGUGUGGAACUGGACUUGCGGAGGAGCAAUCGUCUGUCAACGCAGCUCUUCCACUUGCUUGCCGAGGUGCAGAAGGACGCACACAGCGCGAACUCUGCAUUUGGCAGUGAGAUCAGGCCCGUAGUACCCUUGCUAUUGGAGUACAAGACGCUCUUCGAUGCGUACCGGACCAGGCCUCGACCUGAGGCUCUCACAUUCUACCUCGAGCGCUCCUAUCACAUUGAGCCGCGGACUUUGGGUAGCAACGGCAUUAGUUGGCGCCAGCGCCCAUCUCAGACGGUUGCAGCAAAUGCGACCACACCCCUGCUAUUCGUCAACCCUUUGCCUCUUCAGCGAGUCGUGGACCCCGAGUGGAUUUCGCAAGCAGCCAAUGGCGACCUACCAAAGCUUCCUAACUUCAAUGAUGGAGAAAAGGAUGCCACUAUUACGCACAGCUCACAACUGCAAGGUGCCGCGCCAAAUGCAGCAGCGAUGAUCUUGCGGUCCAAGACUCUACCUUUCGCUUCUCUCAAAGGCGACCGUCGGAGUCCAUUCCUGCGCACUUUCAAGCCGGUGACCGUAGGCACAAAUGAUCACGCCGAGAUUAGGAUUGGCACUGAACUGAUCUUGAGGCCAAUGGGCGAGUCCUUGGGCAAUUCGUCGGCUUCGCCUUGUGGAAGCAAGCGCUUCUCUCAAGACUUUGCGCGCUCCUCACGUCCUCCAUCCCAGGUCUCAAAGCGGUCAAGUCUGCCGGCUUCCAACCGCAGUUCCAUUGCAGAUACUGGCACUGUUAUGCUGGUUGAGGUUAAGGCUGCGACAUUGGAGAGAAUGAUCGACGUGAUCCUAAUGGGUGUCAGACACAUUCAGGUUCAAGUCUCCGACGACAACGGCGAAGUCCCUUUGUCUCUCCGCAGCCAACUCUCUCUGGACACUGGUGACCUGACAGCUGCCUUUUUGGGCACAUAUCGUGGUAUUUGCUCACCUGGUGUUCUCUUCGACCUUCUACGCAAACGCUUCGUCGGGGCGAUAAAUGCUGGUCGCGAGCUCGCAUUACCUGUGCAGCAACGAUCUUCGAGUCAAUUCCCCUCGUGGUCGUAUCCAAUAUCAACAGCCUCAUCGUCUGCCCAGUCGGUCGACUGGGAUACUGUUACGCGCGUCCGAGUCGGCGUCCUCAGUAUCUUGCGGAAAUGGCUGCAUGACUAUGCGCAGGACUUCAUCGACGACCGGGAGCUUUGGGCAGCUACAAGCUCGUUCUUGCGGGAGCGCCCCACACUUGACGAAUUCGAAGACGAUCCAGACAGGGCCCGUAUUGCAGCAUUUUACGAAGAUGCCGCCUCGGCUUUCAAGCUCCAUCUCAUGCGACCGAAUCUCGAUGCAGAAGCUUUCCUGAGAAAGACGAGCUUAGCUGCAUCCAAUUUCUCACCGCCGUCAAGCUCACAGACCGAUCCUUUUGACAUUGACAAAGCGUCCGCUCAGGAGGUCGUCGACUACCUCGAGCCUGUUGCAACUGUCUUUGCAGAGAAAAUUACACGCAGGGACUAUCUCAUUGUCAGUGAAAUUUUCGAGCGGCAGGCAAGCGACACGACUGGCUGGUUCCCUCCGCGUAAAAGCAGUGGAGAAGAUGGCGUUUCUGGCACGACAAUGUACAAGAUGCUCGAGAUCAUCCGCCUUGCGGGAGCUAAUCCCCAAUCACUCACCUUGCAGCAAGCCCUUCCUGGCGCGGUGCGUGAUGUAUGUGCCGCACAGAAUCUUCUCCGCGGAUGGAUCGCCAUUCAGAUCACUGAACCACGAAUUGGUCUCGUGAAACGGCAAGAGCGACUCUCGAAACUUUUGGAUGCGAUCUUUAUCUGUCGCGCGCGCAUGUCCAAAGGCCGCGGCCUGGGUGCUGAUGGCCCGCAUACUGUGUUUCAGAAAGCAUGCAUCGCUGGCUUUGUGGAAUCCGCUAUCACCAGCAGCAUCACGUCUUCCGAAUCGCGAAUUUUUAGCGCGGCGUGGCAAGGCGUUGCUCAAGCCCGUCAAGGCAGCGUAGAGUCAUUGACUCGCCUCGGACCGCAGGCUGAAAUAGCGAAAAAUAUGUGGGACGUCGCAGGUCAACGCGCUUGCACCAUCGAUAUAGGGUGGAUCCUCGGAUGUCUGGCUGAAGCGAUUACACAGCCUUAUGAUGUCAGCGACGACGCUGCACCUCUCAUCCCAUGGGACAAGUAUCGCAACGUCUGGAAUCUCAUUAAUGCCUCCGGUAUCGGACAGCAACAGACAUCUCAGGCAGAGCUCGAUGUGGCCAGCGCUCGGCUCAAGUCAAUGCAAAUAGCGCUCGGUGGUGUUAUCUGGGAUCGUAAGUUUUUCAAGGAAGAGGCAAGCCGCGAGGCAAGCUACGCCCCUGCUGGCUCGACCUCUAGCCGCUGGCGCAGCAUGAAGCCUUUGAACAAUUUUCUCGCGGAGCAGCACGAGCGUCAAAAACGAUUGCGGAUGGCUUUCGAUGCAAUCGAUCAGGAUUCCAAAGCCGCUUCCGACGCCGCAGCUGCUGCCGAACUUCGCAAGGCUAAUUCCAACGCCACCAUAGCCCCUACUGCACCCGCAUCUGAGAAGCGCGCGCGUCGUAUGACAGCUCUUUUCCGGAAUGCUGUACGACCAGUGCUGCACGAAAAGCACGACCAAGCGGCGGCCGCGACACGCCCUCCCGCAGAAUUGCUCACAAGCAUUCCGACUUCCAAAGCGUCGCUCAUUGCCCGUUGCGGGGCAGCUCAGGUCUCUGUCUGGUCGAACUCUCAAAGAUCAUUUAUCUUCCACCUCACCACGGCAGAGGGUGGCAAGUACUUGCUUCAAGCGCCAAGCCAAGGAGAGAUGACAGAGUGGAUUCGUAUAAUAGACCAGGCUGCAAAGGCCUUCAUACCGCGCAGACCUGCUUCGAGAGGCAGCGCAUCAGGCAACAAAGGCGUGCCUCUGUUUGGUGUUCCACUCUUUGUCAUUGUCGAGCGAGAGGCGCGGCUCGUGCCGAUUGCCAUUGAACGCAUGUUUGCCGAAAUCGAAGCCCGCGGCCUGCGAGAACAAGGCAUCUACCGUAUCUCCGGUGCGAAGAGCGCCAUCAUGGGGCUGAAGGCGGCUUUCGAAAGGCAGCCGGCAGACCAAGUCAACUUGUCAACGGGCGACUUCAGCGACGUACACACUAUUGCUGGCCUCAUCAAGCAAUGGUUCCGUGAUCUGCCAGAGCCCUGCAUUCCCUUCAACUGUUAUCAUCGCAUGAUCGCAGCGGAGCAAAUUGAGAACGAGGAAGACCGGCUAACCACGAUUCGAGAGUUGAUCUGGAGCUUUCCUAAACCACAUUUCAACCUUCUGGAGAGGACUUCGCAGCAUUUGUCGCGGGUGGUAGAAGAAGGCAAGGAGAACCUGAUGGCGCCGCACAACAUCGGUCUCGUGUUCGGUGAGUUUAUUGGCUUUUCUCUGGAAUGAGUGCCAGUUGUUGAGCCACCAAUGCUUUCACAUGUAGGCACUUCUCUCCUGAACCCUCCACCUAGCCCAAGCAGUGUGGCUGAGGGCUUUGGAAACAUCGGCAAGGCAGCCCACAUUGUCAAGAUCAUUAUCAUGGCACAUGAGUGGCUCUUUGACCCCAUCGUUGAGGCA